GACUUUAUAUAUUGCUUUUAUUUUGGAACCUUAGAACGUAUAAUAAAGAGCUUUUACUGUAUACGUUCACGUUUCGGACAGUGCAGUAGCCACUCAUACUCUUUCAAAGCACAAAUUCGAAGUUCAGUUUAAUCGUGUUAUUAGGUGCUUACGAAGGAUUCUGUAACGGUAAGUGUUGAUGCUGUUGUCUACUACAGAGUCGAAGACACCAUGAAGGCAAUUCUUAAUGUUGAAAGUUACGUUAAUUCGACGAAGCUCUUGGCCAUGACAAUACUUCGAAAUGUUCUUGGCAUGAGAAGCCUUUCCGAAAUUUUAACAGAACGCGACACUUUAGCGUUGAGUAUGCAAACAAUUUUGGACGAGGGUACGCAACCAUGGGGCGUUAAGGUGGAGAGGGUAGAAAUAAAAGAAGUGAGAAUUCCCACCCAGCUUCAAAGGGUAAUGGCGGCUGAAGCCGAAGCUUCUAGAGAAGCCCGAGCUAAGGUAAUAGCAGCAGAGGGCGAGUUGAAAGCUUCCAGAGCUUUGAAGGAGGCAGCAGAUGUUAUCAAUUCUAGUCCGGGUGCAUUGCAGCUAAGAUUCUUACAAACACUUAAAGAUAUUUCGGCAGAGAAGAACUCAACAAUAAUUUUUCCACUACCAGUUGAACUGAUUACCCCCUUGAUGCGUCGUUAGAAAAAUAUAAAAAGACAAUAUUUACGUUUAAUGUUAAUGUAAUUUUAUAAUACAAAGAAUAAGCCCAGUAAGAAUUAAGAUUACUAUUUCGUUAAAGGAA